AUGUUCCACUGGUGGAUCUUGGAGGCAUUGGAAAACAUGGCUGUUUUCCUAUUUGAUUUUGCUGCCAAGGUAGCCCAUCAUGGACAUGACGUUGCCUAUGAUGAUGAUUUCUAUGAUCGUUUAUCUCGUCGCUAUUCUGUUAUUCUUCUUGUCAUAUUUACAGUACUUGUAUCAACAAAACAGUAUGUUGGUGAACCCAUAGCUUGUUUUUGUCCAGCACAUUUUACAGGCACACAUGUUGAAUAUACAAAUAAUAUUUGUUGGAUCUCAAAUACAUAUUUUGUUUCAUUUGAUCGUCUACUUCCAAAACAUCCAGAUCCAAAAACUGAGCAAUUCAUUUAUUUUUAUCAAUAUGUACCAUUUAUUCUUAUUGCACAAGCUAUCCUAUUUUACGUUCCAUCACUUAUAUGGUCAUCAUUAAAUUCCAAAAGUGGCUAUGAUUUAGGUUUGCUUGUGGCACAUGCUCGUAUUAUUGAUACAUACACAUCUGAAAUUCGUGAACCAUCUGUUCGUCACUUAGCACGUUUCAUUGAUAAAGCACUUGAAUAUCAUAAAAAUAAACGUUUAGAAUAUUUCGAUCAAUUACGUGCAAUAAAAUGUUCAUCCCUAUCAUCUUUAUAUGCGUUUUUUUUAUUAAACAAUCAUAUAACAAUGCGUGACAAUCAUUUAAUGUGGUCAUUUUUAUUUUCCAAACUUCUCUAUUUGCUCAAUGCUUUUGGACAGCUAUAUUUGCUCAAUUUUUUUCUUGGCAAUGAUUAUCAUAUGUAUGGUUUUGCUGUUAUACGUGCGUUAUUUACUGGUAAUAAUGAAAAUUGGACAGUAACACCAAGAUUUCCAAGAGUUACAUGGUGUAAUUUUGCCGUACGAAAUUUAGCCGAUAAUAUUCAUACAUACACAGUGCAAUGUAGUUUACCAAUAAAUUUAUUUAAUGAAAAAAUCUUUUUAAUCAUAUGGUUUUGGCUUUAUUUUACAACAAUAUGUACAUUAUUCGGUUUUCUUUAUUGGAUAGGUUCAUUUUUUUAUCCAAAAUUUUAUAAAUCACAUAUAUCACGUUAUCUAUCAUCAAUGAAACGUAUCAAUACUCACCAUUUUCCUCAAAAUCCAUAUCAAGAACAACAACUUCGUUUUCAUCCAUAUCACUCCUAUCCUCAUCAUCAUCAUAAUCAUCAUUCAAAUUAUCUUCGUCGUCAUUCAUUUAGUCAUUCACAUUAUGGUACAGGAAGUAGUCACUAUGGUUCAUUACACAUGGGUCAUCCUCAUCAUAAUCUUUUAGCAUCAUUUGCAAAUCGCAAUUUAAAAGCUAAUUUUGAUUUAGUUCGUAUGUCACGCGUGCAUGAUCAAUUAAAUCUUCCGAUAUCAACAACAACAGAUAAUAAUGAAGCUGCCACAACAUCAUCAGGUGAAGAUCGAACUCCACCAUCACCAUCUACUCCACAAACAAUUCAUGUACCGACAAUGCUGCCAUUUUCGUUGUCAGGCGAUGACGAUCAAUUAUUAACAAAUUUUGUAACAAAAUAUCUUGGUCGAGAUGGUAUACUUGUUUUAUAUAUUUUAAGAAUGAACACAAAUGAAGUUAUAACAGGUGAAAUUGUUACAGCUUUAUUUGAAAUAUUUAACACAACUCUUCAAACCGAUGCAGUAGAUUAA